AUGUCUAAACUACUCGCUUUUGUUACUAUUGCAGUUAUUGCGCAACAAGUUACAGCUGUUGCUGUUUGGGGUCAAUGUGAUUCCGGAAGCGUUUGUACCUACUCCAAUCCAUACUAUUCUCAAUGCUUGCCCGGAAGUGCCACAACUCCUCCGACAUCAACUCCCGCCACUACAAGCUCCCCAGCAACAAGCACAACUCCUUCGGGUGGAGGAAGCUCUGGAAGUGGGCUUAACGGAAAGUUUGUCAGCCACGGCAAAGUCUUCUGGGGCUCGUGUGCCGAUUCUAACACAUUAAACAUCGCUGCUAACGCUGCAAUUCUUAAAUCCGACUUCGGUGCUGUUACACCUUGGGAUGCCACCGAAAGCCAACAGGGACAGUUUAACUUUGGUGGUUCUGACGCGCUCGUCAACUGGGCCGUCUCCAACGGAAAGAUGAUUCGUGGUCACAAUUUCAUCUGGCACGAACAACUUCCUUCCUGGGUCACAUCGAUCAACAACAAGGCUACCUUGACUUCCGUCAUGCAAAAGCACAUUUCCACCCUCGGUGGUCGCUAUGCCGGAAAGAUUUACGUGGGACGUCUGCAAGUGCGUACCAGUCUAUUUCAUGUAUCAUCCAGCUCUGACAAUGAUGCCAGUGAAAUUCUCAACGAGGACGGUUCUCUGCGCUCCAGCGUCUGGUCCAACGUUUUCGGCGAAUCCUUUGUCCAAUUGGCCUUCCAAUACGCUCGCACUGCGGACCCUAAAGCCAAGUUGUACAUCAACGACUACAACCUGGACUCCAACAAUGCAAAGACUCAAGGUAUGGUCGCCCUUGUGAAACGCGUCAACGCCAACGGAAACUUCAUCGACGGUAUUGGCACCCAAAUGCAUCUAAGCGCUGGAGGUGCUGGAGGUGCCCAGGCUGCCCUUACUGCUCUUGCUAGCACUGGUCUUGACGUUGCAAUCACCGAGCUCGAUAUUGCCAAUGCUUCUUCCAACGACUACACCACUGUCGUCAAGGCUUGCCUCAACACGCCAAAGUGUGUGACCAUCACCUCCUGGGGUGUCAGCGACACCAACUCAUGGCGUGCAAGCACCAACCCUCUCCUCUUCGACGGAAACUACAAGCCAAAGGCUGCUUACAACGCUAUUAUUUCUCUCCUGUAG